CCAGGUCUGAGCGCUAAAGUUACCUACUGCCCCCCUCCCUCCAUCUCCGUCUCGUUCUCCUAUCUCUCUCACACGCACACAAUAAGAAGUGUAUUAUACACUUGCAAGAAACUACUCUGGCCGCGAUAUUGUCACCGACUUUUGUUGUAGUGGUCGUGGUUGCGUAAGUCCUGCAACUCUGCAACUUAAUUAUUCUGGAGAAUGAACAGGGCAGAUCGCCACAAUGAAACUAGAGAUCCGAAUGAAUCUAGCUCAUCUCAUCAGGAGAAUCGAAGUUAUCCAUCUGCGUCUGAGAAUUAUAAAGGUAUUGGGCCGCGGCCAUAUUCAUAUGGUGAACUAGCAAAUGCAACAGAUCGUUUCUCCAACAACGUUCUACUUGGCGAGGGUGGUUUUGGUCAAGUUUAUAUGGGAUUCCUAGAUGGUAAAUACUGUGCUAUUAAGAAACUUAAAAAUCUUCCGGAUGUACAGUCGGAAGAAAAUUUGGAGAAUGAGAUCUUGGUCGUAAGCAGAGUCAGUCAUAAAAAUCUUGUUCAGCUGAUUGGUUACUGCAUUGAUGGAGCCAAUAGAUUGAUUGUUUUAGAGUAUUGUCCCAAUAAGUCCUUGAGAUCUAAAUUACAUGGUAUAGAAGAAGGGGAGAUUUUGGACUGGCAGAAAAGAAUGAAGAUCGCCAUAGGCUCUGCGAGAGGAUUGGAAUAUCUACAUGAAUAUUGUGAACCUAAAAUCAUACACUUAGAUAUCAAGCCAGAUAAUAUUCUUCUCGAUAACGAAUUUGAACCAAAGAUUGCAGAUUUUGGACUUGCCCUAUUCUUUUCAGAUGCUGCUACUCACGUCUCCAAGUCAACAAAUAAGGGAACCCAAGUUUAUGCAGAUCCAAUGACAACGAGAACUGGAAAGUAUUCUGAUAAGUCAGAUAUUUAUUCUUUUGGUGUUGUACUUUUAGAGCUGAUCACGGGAAAAAAGCCUAUGGAUAAAGACAGCGACAUUGUUAAUUGGGCAAACUCUCGAAUUGAAAAAGCUCUAAAGGGAGAAUAUGAGGUUUUUGUAGAUUCCAGAUUGCAAACAUUUGACCACGAAGAAAUGUAUCGAAUGAUUUUCUGUGCCAAAGCUUGUGUAAAUAGACUUCCAAAGUCUCGUCCAUCUAUGAGAAGGAUGCUUCUUGCUCUCGAAGGAAAUUUGCCUCUAGAGAAUUUAUGCGAUGAGAAGGACAACAAACUGCGAUCGAGUACUAUGUAUAAAGGUCCUUUUCUUAUGAACUGUGAUAUCCUUUUUAAAAUGUUAAUGCAUUUUCUUUAUCGAUAAUAAAUUAUAUGCAUGUAUAAUAAAUUUUGACUUAAUUGAUGCCUUAACUUAAUGAUAAAAUGAGAUUAUCUUAAUAUUAAAAAAUUCCUAAUAUUAGAACUUACUCGACCAGAAAUUUUACUAUCUUAGAACGUUAUAGUUAAGGUCCUCAUUGAUCACUGGGCUUCAAUUCAAUUAUUUUAAUUUUCUUAGUUUAUUGGAUUUUGUAUUGAAAAUAGGACUUUUUCUAGUUUAGAAUUAUAGAUAGAUUAUAAAUAAAUGAUAAAUAUAAUUUAAAAUAAAUAUUAAAUAAAAAAAAAUUGUACGAGUAAUAAUUAAAUAUCACAGGAAAAAGUAUUAUACAUAUAAUUUAUUGUGAUGCUGUGAGGGUUAAAUACAUCACUCUUUAUAUAAUCACAAUCGCAUGUGGACAGCAGGUGCGGAUCCGCCUAAAUUCAGGCAGUGGUGGUCAAUAUUUUUUAAGAUAAAUUUGAAAGUAGAAUUAUUAAUUGGUAU